GGGGGGGGGUGAGCGUGUUCCAUGAAUUUCUCCUGUAUAUAAGGCUAAUGCCUAUUCCUGGGUGACACUUUGAGGGAGCAGCAUUUAUUGUACUAUUUAAAUCUCCUCAAUCCAUUGAAUCCAAGGGAUGUUUGUGUAUAAAAUCCAAGUGGUAACCAGAAAUGUGAACAGUGCCGGGACCAUGGACUCUAUCUCAGUCAUCCUCAUUGGAUCUCAUGGAGAAAGUGCCAAACACAAACUGGAUAAUUGGGGACUAGAUUUCCAAGACGGGGAUAUGGAUGAGUACACAGUGAGUAGUGAGGAAGACCUGGGAGAGAUCCUGCUGGUCCGGAUCAUUAAGGAACAGUACUUGUUCUUCCCAACAGAUACCUGGUUCUGUAGCUACAUCUCCGUGACCUGCCCCAAAGGAGAACUCUAUCACUUCCCAUACUAUAAAUGGAUUAAAGGCUUUGUGACUGUGGAUAUUCCCCAGGGGAAGGGGGCUUCGAUGGAUUUCCAUUUUUGGGGUAUUAAUGCUUUGGCCGAUUGCAUGAGGUGCAAGGACCAAAACCAAAAGUAAUCAAUGUUUUCUCAAGAAAGACCCAGGAUACCCUAUCAAAUGCCUUUUCAGCAUCUGUGGAGUGAAUCUGGCCUGGUCUGUAUGAAUAAGUUCGGGUGACUUCCCAUAGCCAUUAAUUUGCCACGCAGCACACAUUUAAUGGUUUCCCACAAUGUAACUGGAGAAAUAUCUGGUGUAGCGUUGGUCUGAAUUAUUGCUUCUAUCCAAGACUUUAUCUGUUCUUUCCUCUUUUCAGUAUGUAAUAAAAAUUCGUUAAGUCGCCAUGUGAAUUCUGACCUUAGUGUUUUAGGGAUGGAAAAUGUAACAGUUACCGGAGAAUGGUCUGACAGUAAGAGAUUACCUAUGUCAGCUUUUGUAAACAGUCUUAACCAAUGGUGAGAUACAAAAAUGUAAUCAAUUCUCGAAUAAACUAAGUGGACCUUAGAGAAGUGUGUGUGGUCUUUUUUGGGCGGGUUCAGUGUUCUCCAAACGUCAAUCAAUUGCAUGUCAGACAAAAUCCUUUUUAAGUCUUUCAAACCUUUAUACAAUAUAUUUGUUUUCUUAGAGGAAGAGUCUAUGAGUGGGUUCAAUGUUACAUUCUAAGAUGACUAGACCCUCCUUGAAGUUUUCCAAGACUUUUAAAAAAUGCUUUAAAUAUGGUAUUUGUCCCGAAUUGGGUACAUAAA